GGCUACUCGGACCCCGCGGGCCUCGGCCUGGCCGACGAGGUGGACGACAUGCCGUCCACCGAGAAGGACCUGGCUGAGGACGCGCCCUGGAAGAAGAUCCAACAGAACACGUUCACGCGCUGGUGUAACGAGCACCUCAAAUGCGUGGGCAAGCGCCUCACCGACCUGCAGCGCGACCUCAGCGACGGGCUGCGGCUCAUCGCGCUGCUCGAGGUGCUCAGCCAGAAGCGCAUGUACCGCAAGUUCCACCCGCGCCCCAACUUCCGCCAGAUGAAGCUGGAGAACGUGUCCGUGGCCCUCGAGUUCCUGGAGCGCGAGCACAUCAAGCUUGUGUCCAUCGACAGCAAGGCCAUCGUGGAUGGGAACCUGAAGCUGAUCUUGGGCCUGAUCUGGACGCUGAUCCUGCACUACUCCAUCUCCAUGCCCAUGUGGGAGGAUGAGGACGACGAGGACGCCCGCAAGCAGACACCCAAGCAGCGCCUGCUUGGCUGGAUCCAGAACAAGGUCCCCCAGCUGCCCAUCACCAACUUCAACCGAGACUGGCAGGAUGGCAAAGCCCUGGGCGCCCUGGUGGACAACUGUGCCCCUGGCCUCUGCCCCGACUGGGAGGCCUGGGACCCCAACCAGCCCGUGGAGAACGCCCGAGAGGCCAUGCAGCAGGCGGACGACUGGCUUGGUGUGCCCCAGGUGAUCGCCCCCGAGGAGAUCGUGGACCCCAAUGUGGAUGAGCAUUCUGUCAUGACCUACCUGUCCCAGUUCCCCAAGGCCAAACUCAAGCCAGGUGCCCCUGUCCGCUCCAAGCAGCUGAACCCCAAGAAGGCUAUCGCCUAUGGGCCCGGCAUCGAGCCCCAAGGUAACACUGUGCUGCAACCUGCCCACUUCACCGUGCAGACCGUGGAUGCUGGCCUGGGUGAGGUGCUGGUCUACAUCGAGGAUCCCGAGGGCCACACCGAAGAGGCCAAGGUGGUCCCUAACAAUGACAAGGACCGAACCUACGCUGUCUCCUAUGUGCCCAAGGUCGCUGGGCUGCACAAGGUGACUGUGCUCUUUGCUGGCCAGAACAUUGAACGCAGCCCCUUUGAGGUGAACGUGGGCAUGGCCCUGGGGGAUGCCAACAAGGUGUCAGCCCGUGGCCCAGGCCUGGAGCCUGUGGGCAAUGUGGCCAACAAGCCCACCUACUUUGACAUCUACACUGCGGGGGCUGGCGCUGGUGACGUUGCUGUGGUGAUCGUGGACCCGCAGGGCCGGCGGGACACAGUGGAGGUGGCCCUGGAGGACAAGGGGGACAGCACGUUCCGCUGCACAUACAGGCCUGUGAUGGAGGGGCCACACACAGUGCAUGUGGCCUUCGCUGGUGCCCCCAUCACUCGCAGCCCAUUCCCUGUCCACGUGGCUGAAGCCUGCAACCCCAAUGCCUGCAGAGCCUCUGGGCGGGGCCUACAGCCCAAGGGUGUGCGUGUGAAAGAAGUGGCUGACUUCAAGGUGUUCACCAAGGGCGCUGGCAGCGGGGAGCUCAAGGUCACAGUCAAGGGGCCAAAGGGCACAGAGGAGCCGGUGAAGGUGCGAGAGGCUGGGGACGGUGUGUUCGAGUGUGAGUACUACCCUGUGGUGCCUGGGAAGUAUGUGGUGACCAUCACCUGGGGCGGCUACGCCAUCCCCCGCAGCCCCUUUGAGGUGCAGGUGAGCCCAGAGGCAGGAGUGCAGAAGGUACGGGCUUGGGGGCCUGGCUUGGAGACUGGCCAAGUAGGCAAGUCCUACGCCGUACAUGUCAUCUGUGACGACGAGGACAUCCGAGACUCUCCUUUCAUCGCCCACAUCCAGCCGGCCCCACCCGACUGCUUCCCAGAUAAGGUGAAGGCCUUUGGGCCUGGUCUGGAGCCCACUGGCUGCAUCGUGGACAAGCCUGCAGAGUUCACCAUUGAUGCCCGCUUAGCUGGCAAGGGAGACCUGAAGCUCUAUGCCCAGGAUGCUGAGGGCUGCCCUAUCGACGUCAAAGUCAUCCCCAAUGGCGACGGCACCUUCCGCUGCUCCUACGUGCCCACCAAGCCCAUCAAGCACACCAUCAUCAUCUCCUGGGGAGGCGUCAAUGUGCCCAAGAGCCCCUUCCGGGUGAAUGUGGGAGAGGGCAGUCACCCUGAACGGGUGAAGGUGUAUGGCCCCGGUGUGGAGAAGACAGGCCUCAAGGCCAAUGAGCCUACCUACUUCACCGUGGACUGCAGCGAGGCAGGCCAAGGCGAUGUGAGCAUUGGCAUCAAGUGUGCCCCUGGCGUGGUGGGCCCUGCAGAGGCUGACAUUGACUUUGACAUCAUCAAGAAUGACAAUGACACCUUCACAGUCAAGUACACGCCCCCGGGGGCUGGCCGCUACACUAUCAUGGUGCUGUUCGCCAACCAGGAGAUCCCUGCCAGUCCCUUCCACAUCAAGGUGGACCCCUCCCACGAUGCCAGCAAGGUCAAGGCUGAGGGCCCAGGGCUGAACCGCACAGGUGUGGAAGUUGGGAAGCCGACUCACUUCACAGUGCUGACCAAGGGUGCCGGCAAGGCCAAGCUGGAUGUGCACUUUGCCGGGGCAGCCAAGGGCGAGGCUGUGCGGGACUUUGAGAUCAUUGACAACCACGACUACUCCUACACGGUCAAGUACACAGCUGUCCAGCAGGGCAACAUGGCAGUGACAGUGACUUAUGGUGGGGACCCUGUCCCCAAGAGCCCCUUUGUGGUGAAUGUGGCACCCCCGUUGGACCUCAGCAAAGUCAAAGUGCAAGGCCUUAACAGCAAGGUGGCUGUGGGGCAGGAGCAGGCAUUCACCGUGAACACACGUGGGGCCGGCGGGCAGGGCCAGCUGGAUGUGCGGAUGACCUCACCCUCAAGACGGCCCAUCCCCUGCAAGCUGGAGCCUGGGGGUGGGGCCGAAACCCAGGCUGUGCGCUACAUGCCCCCUGAGGAGGGGCCCUACAAGGUAGACAUCACCUAUGAUGGCCACCUGGUACCUGGAAGCCCCUUUGCUGUGGAAGGUGUUCUGCCACCUGACCCCUCCAAGGUUUGUGCUUACGGCCCUGGUCUCAAGGGUGGGCUGGUGGGCAGCCCAGCGCCAUUCUCCAUCGACACCAAGGGGGCUGGCACAGGUGGCCUGGGGCUGACAGUGGAGGGCCCCUGUGAAGCCAAGAUCGAGUGCCAGGACAACGGUGAUGGCUCAUGUGCGGUCAGCUACCUGCCCACAGAGCCGGGCGAGUACACCAUCAACAUCCUGUUUGCCGAGGCCCACAUCCCUGGCUCGCCCUUUAAGGCCACCAUCCGGCCUGUGUUUGACCCAAGCAAGGUGCGGGCUAGUGGGCCAGGCCUGGAGCGUGGCAAGGUUGGUGAGGCCGCCACCUUCACCGUGGACUGCUCGGAGGCGGGCGAGGCUGAGCUGACCAUUGAGAUCCUCUCAGACGCCGGCGUCAAGGCCGAGGUGCUGAUCCACAACAACGCCGACGGCACCUACCACAUCACCUACAGCCCCGCCUUCCCCGGCACCUACACCAUCACUAUCAAGUAUGGCGGGCACCCUGUACCCAAGUUCCCCACCCGUGUCCACGUGCAGCCCGCUGUUGACACCAGCGGCAUCAAGGUCUCUGGGCCUGGCGUGGAGCCUCACGGUGUCCUGCGUGAGGUGACCACCGAGUUCACCGUGGAUGCAAGGUCCCUAACAGCCACGGGAGGGAACCACGUGACAGCACGUGUGCUCAACCCCUCGGGUGCUAAGACAGACACCUACGUGACAGACAAUGGGGACGGCACCUACCGAGUGCAGUAUACGGCCUAUGAAGAGGGCGUGCACUUGGUGGAGGUGCUGUAUGAUGAGGUAGCUGUGCCCAAGAGCCCCUUCCGAGUGGGCGUGACAGAGGGCUGCGACCCCACCCGAGUCCGGGCCUUUGGGCCAGGCCUGGAAGGCGGCUUGGUCAACAAGGCCAACCGCUUCACUGUGGAGACCAGGGGAGCUGGCACCGGAGGCCUAGGCCUGGCCAUUGAGGGCCCCUCGGAAGCAAAGAUGUCCUGCAAGGACAACAAGGAUGGCAGCUGCACUGUAGAGUACAUCCCCUUCACCCCUGGAGACUACGACGUCAAUAUCACCUUUGGGGGACGGCCCAUCCCAGGGAGCCCGUUCAGGGUACCAGUGAAGGAUGUGGUGGACCCAGGAAAGGUGAAGUGCUCGGGGCCAGGCCUGGGGGCUGGCGUCAGGGCCCGGGUCCCCCAGACCUUCACAGUGGACUGCAGCCAGGCUGGCCGGGCCCCCCUGCAGGUGGCCGUACUGGGCCCUACAGGUGUAGCCGAGCCCGUAGAGGUGCGUGACAACGGGGACGGCACUCACACUGUCCACUACACCCCGGCCACUGAUGGGCCCUACACGGUAGCCGUGAAGUAUGCUGACCAAGAGGUGCCACGCAGCCCCUUCAAGAUCAAGGUGCUCCCAGCCCAUGAUGCCAGCAAGGUGCGGGUCAGCGGGCCUGGUCUCAACGCCUCGGGCAUCCCUGCCAGCUUCCCUGUGGAGUUCACCAUUGAUGCCCGGGAUGCCGGGGAGGGGUUGCUCACUGUCCAGAUCCUGGACCCUGAGGGCAAGCCCAAGAAGGCCAACAUCCGAGACAACGGGGAUGGCACUUACACUGUGUCCUAUCUGCCGGACAUGAGUGGCCGGUACACCAUCACCAUCAAGUACGGCGGUGACGAGAUCCCGUACUCACCCUUCUGCAUUCACGCCCUGCCCACGGGGGAUGCCAGCAAGUGCCUCGUCACAGUGUCCAUCGGCGGCCAUGGCCUGGGCGCCUGCCUGGGUCCCCGCAUCCAGAUCGGGGAGGAGACGGUGAUCACCGUGGACGCCAAGGCAGCAGGCAAGGGGAAGGUGACAUGCACAGUGUCCACGCCUGAUGGGGCCGAGCUUGACGUGGACGUGGUUGAGAACCACGAUGGCACCUUUGACAUCUACUACACAGCGCCCGAGCCGGGCAAGUACGUCAUCACCAUUCGCUUCGGAGGCGAGCACAUCCCCAACAGCCCCUUCCACGUGCUGGCCACCGAGGAGCCUGUGGUACCCGUGGAGCCCAUGGAGUCCAUGCUACGACCCUUCAACCUGGUCAUCCCCUUCACCGUGCAGAAAGGGGAGCUCACAGGGGAGGUGCGGAUGCCUUCCGGGAAAACUGCACGACCCAACAUCACAGACAACAAGGACGGCACCAUCACGGUGAGGUACUCGCCCACCGAGAAGGGCCUGCACCAGAUGGGCAUCAAGUAUGACGGCAACCACAUCCCUGGGAGCCCCCUGCAGUUCUAUGUGGACGCCAUCAACAGUCGCCAUGUGAGUGCCUACGGGCCAGGCCUGAGCCACGGCAUGGUCAACAAGCCGGCCACCUUCACCAUCGUCACCAAGGAUGCUGGGGAAGGUGGUCUGUCCCUGGCUGUGGAGGGCCCAUCCAAGGCAGAGAUCACCUGCAAGGACAACAAAGAUGGCACCUGCACUGUGUCCUACCUGCCCACGGCGCCCGGGGACUACAGCAUCAUUGUGCGCUUCGAUGACAAGCACAUCCCGGGGAGUCCCUUCACAGCCAAGAUCACAGGGGACGACUCGAUGAGGACGUCACAGCUGAACGUGGGCACAUCCACGGAUGUGUCACUGAAGAUCACAGAGAGUGACCUGAGCCAGUUGACCGCCAGCAUCCGUGCCCCCUCAGGCAACGAGGAGCCCUGUCUGCUCAAGCGCCUGCCCAACCGGCACAUCGGGAUCUCCUUCACCCCCAAGGAGGUGGGGGAGCACGUGGUGAGCGUGCGCAAGAGUGGCAAGCACGUCACCAACAGCCCCUUCAAGAUCCUCGUGGGGCCAUCUGAGAUCGGGGACGCCAGCAAGGUGCGGGUCUGGGGCAAGGGCCUGUCUGAGGGGCACACCUUCCAGGUGGCAGAGUUCAUCGUGGACACACGCAAUGCAGGUUAUGGAGGCCUGGGGCUGAGUAUCGAAGGCCCUAGCAAGGUGGACAUCAACUGCGAGGACAUGGAGGACGGCACGUGCAAAGUUACCUACUGCCCCACAGAGCCCGGCACCUACAUCAUCAACAUCAAGUUCGCCGACAAGCACGUGCCUGGAAGCCCGUUCACUGUGAAGGUCACUGGUGAGGGCCGCAUGAAGGAGAGCAUCACACGGCGCAGACAGGCACCAUCCAUUGCCACCAUCGGCAGCACCUGCGACCUCAACCUCAAGAUCCCAGGGAACUGGUUCCAGAUGGUGUCAGCCCAGGAGCGCCUGACACGCACCUUCACACGCAGCAGCCACACGUACACACGCACCGAGCGCACAGAGAUCAGCAAGACGCGAGGCGGGGAGACCAAGCGGGAGGUGCGGGUGGAGGAGUCCACCCAGGUGGGCGGAGACCCUUUCCCUGCCGUCUUCGGGGACUUCCUGGGCCGGGAACGCCUGGGCUCCUUUGGCAGCAUCAGCCGGCAGCAGGAGGGUGAGGCCAGCUCUCAGGACAUGGCUGCUCAGGUGACUAGCCCGUCAGGCAAGACGGAAGCUGCAGAGAUCGUGGAGGGGGAGGACAGCGCAUACAGUGUGCGCUUUGUGCCCCAGGAGAUGGGGCCCCACACGGUCACUGUCAAGUACCGCGGCCAGCACGUGCCCGGCAGCCCCUUCCAGUUCACAGUGGGGCCGUUGGGCGAAGGUGGGGCCCACAAGGUUCGGGCUGGAGGCACAGGGCUGGAGCGGGGUGUGGCCGGCGUGCCAGCCGAGUUCAGCAUCUGGACCCGAGAGGCAGGCGCCGGGGGCCUGUCCAUCGCCGUGGAAGGGCCCAGCAAGGCCGAGAUUGCAUUUGAGGACCGCAAGGAUGGCUCCUGUGGCGUCUCCUAUGUUGUCCAGGAGCCAGGUGACUAUGAGGUCUCCAUCAAGUUCAAUGAUGAGCACAUCCCAGAUAGCCCCUUCGUGGUGCCGGUGGCCUCCCUCUCGGAUGACGCCCGCCGCCUCACAGUCACCAGCCUCCAGGAGACGGGGCUCAAGGUGAACCAGCCGGCAUCCUUUGCGGUGCAGCUGAACGGUGCGCGGGGUGUGAUCGAUGCCAGGGUGCACACGCCCUCAGGCGCGGUGGAAGAGUGCUAUGUCUCCGAGCUGGACAGUGACAAGCACACCAUCCGCUUCAUCCCCCAUGAGAAUGGCGUCCACUCCAUUGAUGUCAAGUUUAAUGGUGCCCACAUACCUGGCAGUCCCUUCAAGAUCCGUGUUGGGGAGCAAAGCCAGGCAGGAGAUCCAGGCCUGGUGUCAGCCUAUGGCCCCGGGCUCGAGGGGGGCACUACUGGCGUGUCAUCAGAGUUCAUCGUGAACACCCUGAACGCGGGCUCUGGGGCCUUGUCCGUCACCAUCGAUGGCCCCUCCAAGGUGCAGCUGGACUGUCGGGAAUGUCCCGAGGGCCACGUAGUCACUUACACUCCCAUGGCCCCUGGCAACUACCUCAUUGCCAUCAAGUACGGUGGCCCCCAGCACAUCGUGGGCAGCCCCUUCAAGGCCAAGGUCACAGGUCCCCGGCUGUCUGGGGGCCACAGCCUGCAUGAAACAUCCACGGUUCUGGUAGAGACUGUGACCAAGUCGUCCUCAAGCCGGGGCUCCAGCUACAGCUCCAUCCCUAAGUUCUCCUCAGACGCCAGCAAGGUGGUGACGCGGGGCCCCGGGCUGUCCCAGGCCUUUGUGGGCCAGAAGAACUCCUUCACUGUGGACUGCAGCAAAGCAGGCACCAACAUGAUGAUGGUGGGCGUGCAUGGGCCCAAGACGCCCUGCGAGGAAGUGUACGUGAAACACAUGGGCAAUCGGGUGUACAACGUCACCUACACCGUCAAGGAGAAAGGGGACUACAUUCUGAUCGUCAAGUGGGGCGACGAAAGCGUCCCUGGAAGCCCCUUCAAAGUCAAUGUGCCCUGA